AUGACAACUUCAACAACUGCUCCUCCGGCCGCUGCUCCUACUGCUCACAGCAAUGUUGUUCCAUCCGAAGUCGGCUGGCAAUUUGUUCCUCAGUACUAUACCUUCGUCAACAAACACCCCAAUCGUUUGCAUUGUUUUUAUAAUAAAAACUCCACCUUCAUCCAUGGCACUGAAGGAGAGGAUGGUAAGCCAUGCUACGGUCAACAGGAAAUUCACAACAAGAUAACCUCCAUCGGCUUCGAGGACUGCAAAGUCUUUAUCCACUCUGUCGACGCUCAAUCUUCUGCAAAUGGCGGUAUCAUCAUCCAGGUCAUUGGUGAAAUGUCAAAUCACGGCGAAACAUGGCGCAAAUUUGUUCAGACCUUCUUUCUGGCCGAGCAGCCAAACGGCUACUUCGUCCUCAACGACAUCUUCCGUUUCCUCAAAGAAGAGACUGUUGAGGGCGAUGAUGCCAGUGAGGUCGCUGAGGCCACUGAGCCUGUUCCCGUUGUAGCCCAACCUGAGCAGACUCCUGUCCAGCCAAUACCAGUGGCAGAACCCGUGUAUGAACCGGCUCGCGAGCCUACUCCUCCCCUCGUUAUCUCCGAACCCAUUCCGGUCGCUGCCCCUGUUGAUGAAGCCCCAACCACUGAUAUUCCCGAACCCGCCGUUGCCCAACACUCUAUUCCCACUGCUGAGUCUCAGUCCCAACUUGCUCCUGUUGCUGCUCCCCAGACCAACGGUACCCACACCCCUGAACCCGAGCACCCCGUGGCCCUUCCUACUGAGAAAUCUCCUAUCUCCACCCCUGCGCAGCAGCCCUCCCCCGCCGCCGCAUCCAAGCCCCUCGCACCUGCUGUUUCAACCCCUGUCGCUCCAGUUGCUGUUCAAGCGCCUCCAUCAGCUGCUGCUUCCGUUCCUACACCCGCUGCCCCGAGGUCAUGGGCCUCUCUCGCUGCUUCUAACCAGAAGAAGUGGGGCUCAGUGGCUCAGGAAUCGCGCGCCAUCAGCGAGGCUCCUGCGAGCCCCGCACCAAGCAGCGGGACUCAAACACCAGCCGCUACCCAACCUCAUCAUCCUCCUCCCCGCCCCCAGCAUCAUUCUGGACCACAGGCUUCUCAAGGAGGGAGGCACGAACACCCCGCCCAUAUCGCUGCACAGAACGUGACCACUGCUCAUUGCUUUGUCAAGGGUGUCUUGGAACCCAUCACGCAAACCGCUCUUUCGACCCUACUUGCACAACGAUUCGGACCCAUCAAGGAGCUCGAGAUCGUCCGGUCAAGGGCCUGUGCUUUCCUCGAAUUCAACAGCCUCGACUCUGCCAAGCGGGCCAUCAUCGCCAGUUUGUCGCAGAACCAGGGCGGAGAGGGUGGUGUGUGGAUUGACGUUGGCGGUGAAGUUGGUCAGCUGCGCAUUGUGGUUGAGACGAAGAAGGAACGAGGCGAUAGGGACAGGCCUGUCAGCCGACCUCGGGGAGGUGCACCCCCCGUCAAUGGUGAAGCCCGUGGUGGAGGUGGAGGUGGUUACCGUGGUGGUCGUGGAGGGCCUGGCCGUGGUCGGGGCGCCCCACCCAACAAGUAA